AUGCUUCCCUUUGCUAUCCCUUACCCGCCCGAGCAGGACGAGGGCUACUGGGGCAUCCCCACGUCGACCAUCGACUGGUGCGAGGAAAACUACGUGGUGCUGCCAUUUAUCGCUGAAGCCUUGAACACCACCACCAACGCUGUGUUCAUUGCGUUGGCUGCUUUCGCCAUUUUCCACGCUCACUACAACCACUUGGAGCUUCGCUUCCAGUUGCUGGCCUUGGGCUUCAUGCUUGUUGGAAUUGGCUCAUGGUGCUUUCACAUGACGCUCAGGUACGAAUACCAGCUCUUGGAUGAACUUCCCAUGAUCUACGCCACGUGCAUCCCAUUUUGGAGUGUUUUCUCUGAAUUCAGAGACAGACGCGGCUCGAUCUUGGUUGGGGUGGGCAUUCUUACCGCUGCUAAUUUGCUCACGGCGAUCUACUUGCAUUUCAAGAACCCAACCAUUCACCAGGCAGCGUAUGGCUUGUUGAAUGCGGGCAUCAUCUUCAAGUCGUACUCGUUGGCGAAAGUGCAUGUCAAGAAUGACAGGGCAUCAAAGCAGCUCAAUAGAACCAUGUUCUUGGGUGUGGCUCUUUUCCUUUUUGGCUACAUCUUGUGGAAUAUGGAUAUCCACCUUUGCUCUCAUGCUAGAGCCGCCAGAAGAAGCUGGGGCAUGCCCUAUGGCUUUGUGCUCGAGGGCCACGGCUGGUGGCAUAUUUUCACCGGCACUGGUGUAUACUUCUAUCUUGUGUACGAGGAAUACCUCAGAUGCUUCUUGACCAACACGGAGAAGUUCUACGAAUUCCGCUGGAUCUUCGGCUUGCCUGUGGUGAAAUUAGUGGACCAGGAGGGUUUGGUGAAGUUCAAGGCGGCCCAAAAGGCUAAGAAAGUCCAGUGA